CGACGUUGAACAACCAGGCCUGACAAUUGAGAACAGCUCUUGUUCUCUUCCCACAUAUCUCGCAAAUAUCUGUUUCACAACACGUAUAUAAUGCAGCCUUCGAUGUCCAGCUCAAGCCCGUCGUCACAAUGCGUAAGGCUCCUAGCACUCCUCCGCCGGACGGCCAGGCCCGUCCUUCUAACACUGAAACGCCUUCUCACAAGAAAUCUGCGCAGUCAGCCUCGAUAUUCGCUGGGAAGACGGAGGAUGCCCGUAGGGCUCUGACAGAAGAGCUCCGUCACGUCCCCCAGGUCCUCUUGGAUAAUUUUCUCGCUCACGCCAUGCCUCCGCUCCCGGACGUCUUCGGAGAGCGAAACAGUGCGGUGCGCGCCGUUAUGAAGGAGCUUCAGACCACAGAUCCGAAUGGCCGUGCCGCUCUCGAGAGAGAUGGCGACGAGUACACUUGGGCGUCCUUCCCUCAACAGCCGAAGCUCUCAAAGGCGAAGUUGGAGACCGAAGCCGUGGUGUUCAAGCAGCUAGAAGACAUCGCCCAGGAUAUAUCAGCAGCUGUCGGACGUCACCGCUGGGAGAAGGGCACCCCCAGGCAGCGCUUCGCCUACACAAACAGUCCCCACAGAACCCCAGAUAGCCAGCAUCGCGACGACAACAAGUCUCGCCCCGACGGGUACUUUCUCAACUUGUCCGAACGUGAACGUGGCGGUCGAAGUGAUGUCAGCUGGUGGGACAUCGGUCCAUUGGGUGAAUUCAAGAAGAAGGAUGGGCAAGAAGAGACAAAUGACGACGCUCAAAAACUUCUCUGGGGCCUGAACACCAUCAUGCGAGAGGAUCCUCGGCGUCGUGCGGCCUAUGGUUUUACGAUCGAGAACACGACUACUCGGCUUUGGUACUGCGACCGUACUCAAAUAAUUGCCAGUCUUCAGUUUGACUUUUUCAAGGAACCCGAAUCUCUCGUCGCGUUCUUCCUGACAGUGAUGUAUGCUGACGAGAUGUCCCUUGGAUGGGAUCCCACCAUCGUUCGUGUUCCGCCCGACGAGUGCGAUCCGCAGAUCGGCUGCCAGUACGACAUCACCGUUCACAGCCGUCUAGAUGAUGGUCGAAUUAAGGAGGCCGUCUACAGGACCGAGAAGCUUCUCUCGCACAUGGCGGCGGACGGUAUAUAUGGGCGUGGGACGCGGGUUUGGUCUGCUUGCCUUCAGACCACUGACGGCAGCAAGUCUCCCCUGGUAGUCAUCAAGGACUACUGGGUCGAUACCGAUCUUCAGCGAGAAGGAGUCAUCAAUCACAGUCUCCGGGUCGCCGU